GGCGGGGAGGAGGGAGCGAGUGGGCGGGGCCACAUGGCGUCAGGGCAAGAUGGCGGCCUCGGCGGCGCUGUUCCUGCGAUUGCGGGGCGGGCUCCGACAAGGUGCGCGGGGAUUGUGCACGAGGCUAGCGACGCCGCCGUCCCGGGCCCCGGACCAGGCUGCAGAGAUCGGGAGCCGAGCAGGAACUAAGGCCCAGGCCCAGGGGCCACAGCAGCAGAAGAGCUCGGAGGGUCCCAGCUAUGCCAAAAAAGUUGCACUCUGGCUUGCUGGGCUACUCGGGGCCGGUGGGACUGUGAGCAUCGUCUAUAUCUUCGGAAACAACUCUGUGGAUGAAAAUGGUGCCAAGAUUCCUGAUGAAUUCGACAAUGAUCCAAUUCUGGUACAGCAGUUGCGCCGGACAUACAAAUAUUUCAAAGAUUAUAGACAGAUGAUCAUCGAGCCCACCAGCCCCUGCCUUCUCCCAGACCCUCUGCGGGAGCCGUACUACCAACCGCCGUACACACUGGUCUUGGAGCUCACUGGUGUCCUCUUGCACCCUGAGUGGUCGCUGGCCACCGGCUGGAGGUUUAAAAAGCGUCCAGGCAUCGAGACCUUAUUCCAGCAGCUCGCCCCUUUGUACGAAAUCGUCAUCUUUACUUCGGAGACUGGCAUGACUGCAUUUCCGCUCAUCGACAGCGUGGACCCCCAUGGCUUCAUCUCCUACCGCCUAUUCCGGGAUGCCACGAGAUACAUGGAUGGACACCAUGUUAAGGACAUUUCGUGUCUGAAUCGGGACCCAGCCCGUGUAGUAGUCGUGGACUGCAAGAAGGAAGCCUUCCGCCUACAGCCCUACAAUGGCGUCGCCCUGCGGCCCUGGGAUGGCAACUCCGAUGACCGGGUCUUAUUGGACCUGUCUGCCUUCCUCAAGACCAUUGCCCUGAAUGGUGUGGAGGAUGUCCGAACCGUGCUGGAGCACUACGCCCUGGAGGAAGACCCACUGGAGGCUUUCAAACAGCGGCAGAGCCGGCUAGAGCAGGAGGAACAGCAGCGCCUGGCCGAGCUCUCCAAAUCCAGCAAGCAGAACCUGUUCUUUGGCUCUCUCACCAGCCGCUUGUGGCCUCGCUCCAAACAGCCAUAAUCUCUGUGCCUCCUCAAACUCAAUGCCUGAGUUAUGGGCCCAUGGCUCAGUGCUCCAGACCACAGCUUGAGCAACCACACGUCAAUAAAGUCCAUCCCAGACGCCA